ACUCACCGAAAACGAUCUCAAGGAGGUUGGAAUUCAAUUAUUUGGUCCAAGGAGAAAGAUGACAUCGGCGAUUGCCCGUUGGCAUAGCAACGUGCCGCUCUCUACUAAUGCGCCGGAGCAGGCUUAUGCGGAUAAGCUAGAGGCGGAAAUGCAAGAAAUGGCCAUUCAACUCCAUCAGGUGUGUGCGCAGCUGGAAAGCAUGAAGCAGCAGGUGUUACAGGAGCGGGAGCUGCGCAGCGUCGUUGAGGGCUGCCUCAUGGAGGACAGGGCUGCGUGGCAGCGUCUGCAGCACACGUCGAGUGAGGCGAGCACCGUCUGUCGCAACAUGACUGCCGCGAUGAUCAACAUGAG